UUGAGGACGGCUUAUGACCUCACGAGGGAUGAUGGGGAUGAGGCUCAACACAACCCAACUUGGAAGGCUGUUUGGAGAAUCCCGGGGCCGCAGAGAACAAAAACGCUCUUCUGGCUGGUGCUGCACGACCGGUUGCUCACAAAUGCAGAGCGGCUCCGACGACACUUGGCGAACUCGGAUCAGUGCACUAUAUGUGGAGGAGGGCCGAAAACUUUUAUUCAUGUCAUGCGUGACUGUGCAUAUGCUCGGGAUGUAUGGUCGCAUUUUCUUGCCGAUGAACCCGAUCGGGUUUUAUUCCAGACGGACAUCCCCCGCUGGGGAUUCCACUACUUGAUGGACCAAAGCCCCGUCGUGGAUGCCUCUACGUUCGCACUGGUUUGCUGGCAGCUUUGGCAGAACCGGAAUACUUGGGUUUUUGAGAAGAGAUUGGUGGCGCCCAUGCAGCUGGCUGGUCGGAUAAAACAGCUUUGUAGCCAAGUCUCGCUGGCUUUUAAGGCGUCACAAAGUGUCACAGGAUGUGAGAGCAAGAGGAGCACUCAGCUCAUCAGCUGGAAACGCCCGCCGUCAGGUUGGGCUAGCCUGAACACAGAUGGUUCCGUGCUCCUUUCCCAGAACAAAGCUGCGGCAGGCGGUGUGAUAAGAAGAGAAGAUGGGCGAAUGUUGCGGGCUUUCUCUGUGAACCUGGGUGGUGGGUCGAUCACCCAUGCAGAAUUGGCGGGCAUCGAUCAAGGCAUGCGUCUCGCUUGGGAGAUGGGGAUCAGGAAGCUUGCAGUUCAGACUGAUUCGGCGACGGCUAUCUCGUUAAUUCAGGAGGAUCCUUCGAGCCAUCCUCACCGGAUGCUUGUGAAGUCCAUUCGACGGUCCCUGUCCCUAGAGUGGGAGAUACCAUAG